AUGGCAGAUUACAUUGUCUUGCUGUGCGAUGAAUCACAAACAAUACAAAUCUUACUUAUUCAGUUGACGACCAAUAUUCGUAGACGUGAUAAUAAUUCCGGCUGGUGUCACCGUCUUGAAAAACCUGCUUGUUUGGCUUGGAUCUGUCGUCCUAGUGACCUCCACAUUGUAACAUUUAUCGACGCUGAGACUGGUCGAAAAAAGCCUAAACGUCAAGAUGCAAUUCCUGGAGUUCUAGAGAUUAAUGUUUGUACAACAACCAACAAGGAAAAUUCAAUGGGAUAUCCAUCUAUCAAAGCAACUAAACACAAUGCGCUGGAUAAAAUGAUAAAGCCAUUAGUAACACAUUCACUGCCAACAAUUCGUACUAUAGCGUCUAUAAAGUCAUCAAAUUCGGAAAUUAAUUUAAUGACACUUCUUGUCAGUGGAAGAGUACCAGAGUGUAAACUAUCAUCUGUCCCUUCAGAAACUUCUGGACCAGGAGGCUUAGAACUUCCACAAACAGCUGUACUUGCCGGAUUUAAUAGAACCCUUCCACAGUUAUCGGAUUCGGAUGCAUAA